AUGCACGGCCCCGAUUGGACGUCGCUCCCUCCGGAUCUCCUCGCAAAGAUCAGCGAAGAGUUUCCCAUCCCACAUCGUGCUCGCAUCCGUGCCACAUGCAAGGAUUGGCAUUCUGCAAUUGUUCCCGUGAUCAGCCGGUCCCCGUGGCUUUUCGUACCCGACGACGACGGUGAGCAGCACAAUUCUACCUUUUUUUCUCUCCCCGACAAGUGCUCCUUCACCUACCCCUCUCUCCCCGAGCUCUGCGGUAUGACGUGUGUCGGCUCCCACGCCGGUUGGUUUGUGAUCACCGAUUGGAAGCGAAAGGUCAGCCUCCUAAAUCCGCUUACGGGGAAUCAUAUCAGCCUCCCUUCCCACGUCGCCCGAUGGAACGUCGACCGAGUUAACCACCAAGCAUUCAAUCCUAAGCGCAUUGGAAAGAUUGUCUUCUCCUCAAACCCUACUGUCCAUAACUAUGUUGUCGUGGCUAUCUAUAGAUUUACAGAUUGGGAGCUCACCUACACGAAGUCGGGCGAAGACAGGUGGAAUCUUCUUGAAACGGCAUUGACCGAGAACGAUGAUUCAUACAAGGACAUCAUGCAUCAUGAUGGCAAAUUCUACUGCAUAACGCGCAAAGGUGAAGUCAUAGCUUUUGACCUAAGUGGAGUUAGCCCUAUAGUGACGAUCAUUGCCCGGAGUUCAGCACUUGUUAGUGUCAUCCCCGCGGGUACUUACUGUAUACAAUUAGCAUGCUCGAACACAGGGGAGCUGUUCCUGGUUUUGAAGCUUGCAAUCGACUACGCACUUCCAUAUGAUGUGAAUAAAUCGGAGGAUGUCAUCGUUCUCAGGUUGCAAUAUUCCGAGGACCAGCCUUGUUGGGAUGUUGUGAAGGACUUGGGGAAUAUGUCUCUAUUGGUGGGCAACAGCAAUUCUAUUUCGAUUUCUACCGAGGAUUUACGAGGAAUGAGAGGAAAUUGCAUCUAUCUUACGGAGUUCUUCCCGGAGACGUAUUCUGAAGGGACGCUAAUUUAUCGUAAAGCUAGAAUGUUUGAUAUGAAAAAGGGAAGGUGGGAGUGCUUAUAUUCAUCGACAAAUUUUCUGCCAAACACCAGGAAAUUUCCUGUGUUCUUCCAGCCACCCUUCUGGUUCACACCCUCACUGCUGUAA